CGUCUACAUUGUUCUCCAUGAAGAGCAAAGAUAGAACGCGAUCAUGGAGGCUUCCCUCUCGAUUGGGAUUAGAAACCCUAAAAGAUUUUUUUUUUUAAAAAAGGAAGGGGGCGAGAUUCUCUUUUCGCAGAGAUUCCCCACCGAAAAAAGCUUGGAUUUCUCCUUUUUUUUCAAGGUCCUGAGAAGGGGUUUCAUUUUGGGCGCAGGAUCUCUUGUUUGGCAGACCCUUGAGUGGACAUGGGUUACUUUCACAAUAUUUUUGGUGGCUGCCAUGAUCAAACUGAUACCGGUGCUGUGAUACGCGAUGGAAGGGAAAUCCUUUUCCAGGCUUUUAACUGGGAGUCUCAUAAACAUGAUUGGUGGAGAAAUUUGGACAGAAAAGUCUCUGACAUUGCGAAAUCUGGAUUUACCUCUGUAUGGUUGCCGCCACCAUCUCAGUCCCUUGCAUCGGAAGGUUAUCUUCCACAGGACCUUUAUUCGCUCAACUCGGCUUAUGGCUCUGAGCAUCUGUUGAAAUCUCUGCUUCAUAAGAUGAAACAGCACAAAGUUAGAGCUAUGGCUGAUAUAGUCAUCAACCAUCGUGUCGGAACCACAACAGGGCAUGGCGGAAUGUAUAAUCGCUACGAUGGGGUUUCGUUACCAUGGGACGAGCGUGCUGUCACUUGUUGUACCGGUGGACUGGGUAACCGAAGCACCGGGGAGAAUUUCAAUGGAGUUCCAAAUAUUGAUCAUACCCAAGAAUUUGUUCGGAAAGAUCUUAUUGGAUGGCUUCGUUGGCUGCGUAACACCGUUGGGUUUCAAGAUUUCCGCUUUGACUUUGCUAGAGGUUAUUCAGCAAAGUAUGUUAAGAACUAUAUAGAAGCAGCAAAACCGUUAUUUUCGGUUGGUGAGUACUGGGAUUCUUGCAAGUACAAUGGCCAUGGCUUGGACUACAAUCAAGAUAGCCAUAGACAGCGUAUCGUCAACUGGAUUGAUGCCACGGGACAGCUUUCAGCAGCAUUUGACUUCACAACCAAGGGAAUUCUGCAGGAAGCUGUAAAGGGUCAGUUUUGGCGUUUACGUGAUUCCCAAGGCAAGCCACCCGGCGUGAUGGGAUGGUGGCCUUCAAGGGCUGUGACCUUCCUUGAUAACCAUGACACUGGCUCUACUCAGGCUCACUGGCCAUUCCCUUCACACCAUAUCAUGGAGGGCUAUGCUUACACACUCACUCACCCUGGAAUUCCAUCUGUGUUCUACGAUCACUUCUACGACUGGGGUGACUCAAUCCAUGACCAGAUUGUGAAACUGAUUGCCAUCAGGAGGCAUCAAGAUAUCAGCAGCAGAUCGUCCAUUCGGAUUCUGGAAGCUCAGCCUAACCUUUACUCCGCCAUUGUCGGGGAGAAACUCUGCAUGAAACUGGGCGACGGCUCGUGGUGCCCUUCGGGGAAGGAGUGGAAGCUCGCGACAAGCGGCCACCGCUACGCCGUGUGGCACAAGUAAGAGUGGCUCUGCUAUUUUCGCAGUGAAAAAAAAAAGCCAAGGAUGGAUUGUACGGUAAAACGAUAAAUAAUCACCCGAAUUCAAGUAGUAUUUGUGAACAGAUACUCUACGUAUUCCGUAUACUUGUAUGGACAAUAAAUGAGUGAUGCUUGUACAAAUAAGAUCGACUAUGGUUUUUAAGAAUCUAAUUACCUCACUGCAGAGUUAAUGUCUU